AUGCCUUACGAACUAUCUCUUGAUAUUUCGAGUUCUCCUCGGGGUUUCUCCCUGAGGACUAUAGCUUUCCCCUUCUUUGAAUCUCUGGGCGGGGAGCUUUCCGCCAUAGAGGGGCUGACGAGAUCCGAACAGCGAGAGGACGCCCACGACCACCAUGGCACGGUUGUUGGCAACGUGAGGGAAUCCGAAGGAAGAGAGAACAGCACCGAGAUCCAGGAGCUCGCUCGCUUUGCCGUCGACGAGCACAACAAGAAACAGAAUGCGCUUUUGGAGUUUGCGCGUGUUGUGAAGGCGAGGGAGCAAGUUGUCGCUAGAACUCUACAUCACUUGACGGUGGAGGCAGUUGUGGGAGGGGAGAAGAAGCUUUACGAGCCCAAAGUGUGGGUGAAGACAUGGCUUAAUUUCAAACAGGUUGAAGAAUUCAAGCAUGUUGGCGAACAAGGUAAAUCUGGCGUCAAUUCUUAGCGAUGGAUUUGGGUU